CAGCAAGAGCUUGCGCAGCGUUGUCUUGAACCUGAUAGAGACCGUACGCGUGGACGUACACCCUGAUCCGGCGCAUACACCCCCCCCUCUAUCCACCGCGCAUCAUCAGCGCAACUCCAGCAAUGCUCUCUUUCAACGAGGCUGACUUGCUCCGUGCAGGCGAUCUCUCACUCUCCGAAAACGACUGGGAUCAAUUCGGACUCACCUCCGUCACAAUCCACCACAAAAACGACUCCCCAAUCGACCUUUUCGACAUUCAUGCCCGCGCGCCCUUCACCGUCUCCGGGAACCUCAAAAUGACGCAAACCGUCAAAUCCUACCUCCGUCCCGGCCGUACUGGACGACCAAUACAGACGAACUCGUUGGUGCGCGUGACGGUUGAGAAUGUUACGAAGUACAGUCUGGAGGGAAAGGAGGAUGGGCCGACGAGGAUGUUUGUGCUCGGGGGGUGUGGGUGGUAUGAGUUGCAGAGUGCUCAGCCGGGGUUUGAGGAGAUUUAUGAAGGGAUGAGGAUUAAGGCUGCGAUGUGGGAUUGGUUUAGUGAGAAGAGAUUGGAUUCGCUCGCGACGGAUGAGGAGUGGGGAGUGGAUGACCCACGACCACAGGGAUUGCUGGAGUUUACGUGGGAUUAUAUGUGUCAGGCACUUGUGGAUGAUUGGAAAGAGACGAAUCAGUUUGCGCCGACGCAUCCUGCGGCUAAGGAUGCUGCGGCUGCGGUGUUUGACAAGUGUCAUCUGUUUUUGAUGUUUGAGAUGAUCGCGAGGGAUGUGGAGUUUCAAUAUGAGAAGACGGAUUUCUUCAAGGAAUUGGGAAGGCGGCACAGAGCCGAUCUCCGGUUCGCGAGGGAUAUCAAGACCGGAAAACUACGGAAAAGGGGAAUGCCUUCAGGAAAGGCCGCAUUCCUGGCAGCGACGGCAAAAGUCACCAUACCCCCUCAAACAGUGAGAGCAGCAGACGAGACAGAUGCGCGGGAGGCAGGAAAGGAUGUACACGAGAAGGAAGCCGCGCCUGAGGAUAUGCCACCACCAAAGCGAAGACCUGGACGACCGAGGAAAUCAGAGACGAUGUCAACGCCUACACAGCGCGCAAGAGCGGUUUCUGCUUCGAAUACACCGGGAGACACCCCCGUGAAACGACCAGUAGGGAGACCCAGGAAAUCACUCGUGCCGGUCGAUACGCCUGGGAAAAGUGACGAGUCAUUCGGACGGCGUAAAUCAGGACGUGUACAGACUGGAUCGUCGCCAUACCCCGACAUGUCACCAGCAUCAAUGAACGUGGAUAGCCCAAGACGUACACGGGAGCGAAGAGUACCGGCUAGAGUGGCGGAGAGUGUGUACCCAGUGUCACGAUCCCCACCCCCCGAAAGACGGCGGUCAUCAGCCGCGGUAAGGCGUGAGAGUACAACAGCGGCACCAAAACACACGCCGAAUCCCAACCCCAACCCCAACCCCCACCCCCGAAAACGACUAAUGUCAGAGCCAGCGGAGGAGGAGACGAUGAUGCAGGCUGUGCGUAUGCCUGCUGACCCGACGCGGUUGUGUUCGGAUUAUGUGCCUAGUGAGGAUGAAGAUGAUCGUGUUCAGGCGCCUGAGAUCAAUGUGUUUGAGCUAUUCGUCUUUAUCGACGGGCAUUUCGCGCGGGGGAAGAAAGGGAGGAAUGCGGAGAAUGCGGGAGGACUCGUCAAACCCGUCGCACGCUUCUUUGGACUUCGAGGUCUUGAGGCGAGGGCGUUGAUGGUGAAACACGCGCAGGAGUUGUUGAGUAUUUUGGAGAGGAACAAGAAGACGGAGUUGGCUGUUUAUGUACCCUUGGCGACGGAGUUGAAUUUGUAUUUGAGGGGGAAUUUGGUACAGUGGCCGAAGAGGGUUAGGCGGGAGCAUGAGCCGAGGGAUCGGGAGGGUGGUGGGCACCACCAUGGGAGGCGGUAUGUGGAGAAUGGAUCGACGAUUGUGUGGCCGGCUUCGCCGGAGGUUGUGCCGCAGGGACCGAAGUAUGAACUCAUCCGUGGUGAUUUCUGGGAGUUGAAGAAGAUUUGGGAUUUGCUUCAGCACCGUCUCGAUUCGAACCGAUCGACAGUCUUGUUGGAGCACCUCCUCUGCCUACUGCGAGACGAAUGGGGCGUGGACAUCGAGAUGGCUGAUGACCUCGUCUCCGCACACGUCGAAUCCCUCCUCCACCACAUGCGCAAAGACAGCAAAGAAUGGAGCCGAAGCCCGAUUUAUCGUGAUAUGCAGUUUAUGCAGCAAAUCAAACAAUCACUCGGUGAAUGGGAUCCGGAACAGAAACGGUAUUUGGGCGCAAAGGAUGCGCAUGUGUUGACGAGGAACUCGGCCGUACAGCAAUCUGGUGCGAGGGCACGGGAGUUUGCGACGAUUGUGUUGGAUAAUGGGCAGAGUAUUGAUGUUAAUCAGUUGGCUGGACGCGGACAAGUCAUCACGAUGGAGAAUUAUCAGCAUCAGCCGGAGGCGCAUGCGCAGCCCCAGGUGUUUGAUGGGAGGAUUGGGAACGUGUCGAUGGUAGAGGAUGACGAGGAUACGUCGACGAUUAUGGCGAGUAUCCCGAGACAGAGGGUGUUGGAUCAUGUUGAUUCUGUGACUGCGGAGAAAGUCUCGGCACUUGCGGCGGAGCUCUUGCACAAUAGGCCUGAGUCUGGGGAGAAUGUGGAGGGCAGCGUGCCGGUUACCGUCAACUCGCUUCUAUCCGAGAACCGUUCAACGCCGACUGCGUCAUUGCAUCCUGAGUCGAAUCAGUCGCCAGGUAAAGUUAACCAGCACCUUCAGCAUCGACCUGCACAGACGCUAUUCACUGCACGUCGGCCGCCGAGUCCGAUAUACCAGGCUCCGCCACCACCUGGGAUGAGGUUGAGUUGGAGUGCGUCGCCCUUGCCGAAUGAUGCGGCGACUGUUCAAGAACCAAACGUUCAAAAGGCGAUGUCGUGGUCGAACAACAAUGUGCCACAAGUCCAUCAUCAACCGCAGCAGCAGCAGCAACCCCGCUGGCCCCCACCCUCCCAAGACUUUCCCCCAAAGCCCCCGGCUCCCUCUUCCUUCGCCCAACCCCAAAACCCAAGUAAUCCCCCCGCCCCCUCCCCCGCCCUCGGCCAAGGCUUCCAAUCGAGUCCAGCAUGGGGCGCAGCACUCCAAGGUCCAGCAGUGAGUUAUGGAGGCUCGAACGGGGGUAUGCCGUAUAUGCAGUGUCCAGCAAGCGGAUGUCCCCAGAUAUUCUUUAAUGCGAAUACGGAGGCGGGGAGGAAGGAGGUUGCGAGGCAUGUGCAGGGACAUGGGCAGCGCCAGUAGGCAUGGAACAUUAGGAAAGGAGAUAUAACAGGGACGGAAAACUGCAGGCGUUACCUCAAAUCAAAUAUUAUAGUCUAUAAGCUACAACACCCCAGCCCUCCUCAUCACCCCCUCGAACUCCUCCAGGCGCACUCCAUCACCCCUCCCCGACGCAAUCUCGAGCAUAUCCCGUAACUC